AUGGCAUCUGAAGCUCUAGAUUUAUAUAAAAGGGCAGAGAAAGUUUGUAAAGGAUCUUCGGGCUUUUGGUCUUUUAUAUCUGGAGGCCCUGAUUAUGAUGAAGCUAUACAACUAUAUGUACAAGCUGCAAAUCAAUUUAAGAUACUUAAGAUGUGGUCAAAAGGGGUAGAAUGUUUCAAUAAAGCAGGAGAUCUGUCCAUUAAGCAAGGAGAUACGGGAUCUGCUGCAAACUAUUAUAUGGAGUGUGGCAACAUAACUAAGAAAGAAAACAUUGGAAAUAGUAUUGAAUAUUAUACUAAGGCUAUAGAUUUGUAUAAUAAGAGUGGUAGAUUUAGUCAAAGCGGAAAAUUAUAUAAAGUAAUAGCUGAAGCUUUUGAGAUGGACUUUAUAUAUAAAGAAAGUUUAGAGUAUUAUAAGAAGGCUGCUGAGAUGUAUGAUAUGGAUGAAUAUAGUAAGUCUGCAUACUCUGCAUGUAUAUUGAAGUAUGCAGAUCUUGUCAGCUUAAGCUAUGAUAAUUCAUGUAGUGGAUCUAUGAGGGAAGUAUCUGAAAAUGGGGAUUCUAUGAAAUAUAUUUAUGAAGCCAUAACUAUCUAUGAAUCGGAAGCUAAGAAGGCUCUACAGAACUCUUUGAUAAAAUAUAAUAGCAAGGAAUAUUUGUUUAAGGCAUUUCUAAUUGUUCUGUCAAUGAAUGACUUAGUAGAUGCAGAGAUAAAGUGGGACAAGUAUUGUGGUGUAGACCCGUCCUUCUGUGUAACACCUCAAGGUCAAUUUUUAGAAGCAAUACUGAAGUUGAUUAAAAGGAAACAAAAUACAUCUAUGAGUGAAGAUGAAGAUACUAAUGAGAAGAUAUUAAAUGAUUUCUCCAAGAUAUUAGAAGAAUACAACAAUAUUUAUCCUAUAGAUGAUUGGAGGGUUCAUUUUUUGACUAUAAUCAAAAAAAACCUUGCAAGAUCAAAUAUUAGUAUAAAGCAACAAAUAGAAAAUAAUCAAAUUGAUUUGACCUAG